AUGCCCGAACACCGCUGCAAAGGCUCGUUUCUGACUUCAAUCUCGUCCAGCUACCGGUAUGAUGACCCGACCCUGGCCUCCCGGCCUCGACAACAGUCUAACAGUGCAGGUCUCCCCCACUAUGGGCAUCUGCUCACCUCGACCAUCAAGGACAUUAUCCCGCGAUACUGGUCCAUGAAGGGAUACCAUGUCACCCGGCGCUUUGGUUGGGACACGCACGGCUUGCCCAUCGAAUAUGAGAUUGACAAGAAGCACGGCAUCUCGGCCAGGGACGCUGUCGCGCAGAUGGGUGUCGCCGCUUACAACGCCGAGUGCAAGGCCAUUGUCAUGAGGUACGCUGCCGAGUGGAGGCAGAUCAUUGAGCGUCUGGGUCGCUGGAUCGACUUUGACAACGACUACAAGUCGAUGGACGUCACUUUCAUGGAGUCUUGUUGGUGGGUUUUCAAGCAACUCUUCGACAAGGACCAAGUGUACCGCGCAUACCAGAUCAUGCCCUACUCUACCGCCCUCGGCACCCCCCUCAGCCAGAUGGAAGCGAAGCAGAACGAGAAGACGACACAGGACCCUGCCAUCCUGGUUGCCUUCCCCGUCGUCGGACAGACCGGCUCCCUCGUCAUCUACACCACGACGCCUUGGACACUCCCGUCCAACAUCCUCAUCGCUGUUCACCGCGACUUUGAGUAUCUCGAGAUACUUGACGAGAAGUCCGGAAAGCAGUACUUCAUGAUGGAGAGCGGACUUGCUGCUCUCUACGGCAAGGAGCUCAAGAAGGCCAAAUACAAGGUCCUCCGCAAGCUGCAGGGCAAGGAUCUCAUCGGCUGGAAGUACGAGCCGCUAUUCCCCUACUUUGCCGAAUCCUACAAGGAGUGUUUCGAGGUCAUCGGCGCAGAUUACGUCGAGGCUGGCGAGGGUACGGGUAUCGUUCACCAGGCUCCUGCCUUUGGUCAAGAGGAUUACGAUGCUGCUGUUGCCUCGGGCUUCAUUGGCGAGAAGAGGCUGCCGCCUUGCCCCGUCGACGAGAAGGGCCAGUUCACCGCCGAGGUGCCUGACUAUGUUGGACAGCACGUCAAGACCGCUGACAAGGCCAUUCUGAAGGAUCUGCGAUCAACCGGACGUCUUCUGGUCGAGUCUCAGACGUCCCACGUUGACAAGUUCUGCUGGCGCUCAGAUACGCAACUCAUUCGAAGGGCCGUCUCUUCUUGGUUCAUUCGCGUCACGAACUCCAUUCCUGAGAUGCUCGAGAACCUGGAGAAGACGACGUGGGUUCCCUCCUUCGUCAAGGAGAAGCGUUUCGCCAACUGGAUCGCCAAUGCUCACGACUGGAACGUCUCGAGGAACCGUUACUGGGGCACCCCCAUUCCGCUGUGGGUCAGCGAGGACUUUGAGGAGGUUGUCUGCGUGGGCAGCAUCGCCGAGCUGAAGGAACUCAGCGGGUAUACUGGCGAGCUCAACGACCUGCACCGUGACAAGGUUGACCACAUUGAGAUUCCCUCCAAGAAGGGCAAGGGUAUGCUCAAGCGUGUGGACGAGGUCUUCGACUGUUGGUUCGAGUCCGGAAGCAUGCCCUAUGCCUCCACUCACUAUCCUUUCGAGAACGCCGACAACUUCCAGGGCAGCCUUUUCCCUGCCGACUUCAUCGCCGAAGGUCUUGACCAGACCCGUGGCUGGUUCUACACGUUGACCGUUCUCGGCAACAAGCUGUUCGGUGUAUCGCCCUUCCGCAACUGCAUCACCAACGGCCUCGUGCUUGCUUCCACCGGCGUCAAGAUGUCAAAGAGUCUGAAGAACUACCCUGACCCGAGCAACGUCAUCAACGAGUACGGUUCUGACGCGCUCCGCCUGUACCUCAUCAACUCUCCCGUUGUCAGGGCUGAGCCUCUUCGCUUCAAGGAGUCUGGCGUCAAGGAAGUGGUUUCCAAGGUCCUCCUCCCUCUGUGGAACAGCUACCGCUUCUUCUGCGAGCAGGCCCUCCUGUACAAGAAGAACAACGGUGAAGAUUUCGCUGCUGAUCCUACAUUCACUGAAGGCAAGGGCCUCGAGAACGUCAUGGACCGAUGGAUCCUGGCCGACUGCCAGAGCAUGUUGCAGUUCAUCGACCAAGAGAUGGCCGCGUACCGUUUGUACACGGUCGUGCCGCGCCUGUUGUCUGUCCUCGACAACUUGACCAACUGGUACAUUCGCUUCAACCGCAAGCGACUCAAGGGUGUCGCCGGUCUGGGCCUUGACGACACCAAGGCCGCCCUCAACACUCUUCUCCAGGUCCUUCUGACCCUUGUUCGAGCCCUCGCACCAUUCACUCCUUUCAUCACUGAGCACAUCUACAGCCUGCUCAAGCCCUUCCUGGGCGAGGUGCUGAAGGACUUUACCGAUUCCCGCAGUGUGCACUUCCUGCCGUUCCCCACGGUCCAGGAGGCACUGUUUGAUACCGAGAUCGAGAGGAAGGUUUCCUCCAUGCAGAAGGUCAUCAACCUGGGCAGGACAGCAAGAGAGCGACGCACGCUGAGUCUCAAGACACCCCUGCGCUCCAUCGUUGUUGUGUCUGAUGAGCAGCACCUCAAGGACGUCGAGUCUCUGCAGUCGUACGUCAUGGGCGAGCUCAACGUCCAGGAGGUUGUCCUGAGCAAUGACGAGGCAAAGUACGGCAUCAUUCUGGAGGCCAAGGUCGACUGGCCCACUCUGGGCAAGAAGCUCAAGAAGGAUGUUCAGAUUGUGCGCAAGGCGCUGCCCAAACUCUCGCAGGAGCAGCUGAGGCAAUACCUCACCGACAAGACCAUCAACAUUGAUGGCAUUCAGCUAGAGGAGAACGACCUGGAGAUUGUGCGCGUCCUGGCUAACAAGGAUGGCGCCAAGGCGGCGGGAGAGCUUCCUCAGCUGGAACCUGCCUUCUCCAACGAUGUCAUCAUCCUCCUCGAUACCGAUGUUUCGGCGCAGGAUUUGGUGUACGAGGGCCUGGCCCGCGAGGUCAUUAACCGUGUGCAGAGGAUGCGCAAGAAGGCAGGCCUUGUUCCUACGGACGAGGUGCACAUGCAGUACGGCGUCGUGGCCAACCCCGAGAGCACCGACGUUGACGCUGUGCUGGAGUCCAAGGAGGAGCUCUUCGUGAAUGCGCUGCGCGGCAAGCUCGAGCCUCUCGAGGGCGCCUCGGGUGAGUCUGUCAUCCUCGAGGAGGAGCAGGCCAUCGGUGAGCUGAGGCUGAUGCUGAGGCUGGCUCGCAUCUAA